AAAAGAAUCAUAUUAGCUGAGCUGGUCAGAUUAAAUCCAAGCUUCUUUCUCAUUAAACAUUUUUAUUGUAAUUUUAUGUCUUUCUUCUGGUAACUUUGUGUAUAUUUUGCUAAUAUAAUGACUUUAUUCUCAUAAUCUGCAGUUCGUUGUAUAAAAAAGCCUAAAUUGAAAUAUUUAGUUCAAGGUGAGAACACCUUGCGGGGCCCCGCCUCCGUCCCGCCCCGGGCCCCGGGACGCUCGCUCCGCCCAUGCGCGUUAGAGUUCAGCUGAUAAAAAAGAAAAGUGAGCGCGCGCUUCAAAGGCACGCGGCAAACUGCCGCUCGGCGCGAGACCCGGAGGAUGAUGGAGGAAAGAUGGCUUCCAGAUUUAAUGUGGAAACUUGACAGAGUGUCCGCGAGCGUCUGAGCGUGCGCGGACUUUUUUCCACGUGUGAGCGGAGCGGGGAGGAAGAGGAGGGACGCUUCACCCUCUCUCUCUCUCUCUCUCUCUCUCGCUCUCUCUCUCCAAUCACUUUGCAUAUUCCGCGUGCCUCUGCGCGGCCAUAUGGGAAAAUGCAACUGAAGGAAUUGACCGCGCGCAGGCAGGAGGAGCACGCGAGCGCAGCGGCGACGCGUUGAGAUCACAACAAACCAGAAAAGUUCCCAAUUACGGACACGAAGAAGAAACGAGCCGCGAAACGGGCUGGAGAGGACGAGCCGAACCGAGCCGAGCCGAGCCGGGGAGGGGGGACAGACGGACCGCAGGGACCCAACAGAACCGGAAGAAAUUCUACCAAUAUUGAUUAAAACAAUAAGAAGAGAGAAGGCGCUUCCGCGGGAGGACCGGAGCCAUGUACUGCGCCUACACCAUCCCGGGGAUGACGGGCAGCUCCCUCAUGUACUACUACAACGGCAAGGCGGUUUACGCUCCGUCUGCCAGCACAGCCGACUACAACCGGGACUCACCUGGUUACCCGUCCUCCAAGCCUCCCAGCACCGGCUUCCCCAGCUCCUUCUUCAUGCCAGACGGCCACCACAGCGGCGACCCCUGGAGCAGCAGCAGCAGCAUGAGCCAGCAGGGCUACCACAGCAGCAUGCUGGGGGGCGGGAACUCGGCGCACGGCCCCGCCCAGAGCUCCUCCUACUGCGGGAUCCACCCUCACGACCGACUGAGCUACCCGUCGCACUCCUCGUCCGCCGACAUCAGCUCCAGCCUCCCGCCCAUGUCCAGCUUCCACCGGGGCGGUGGCGGCGGGGGCGGAGCCAACCACUACAGCACCGCCUCCUGCACCGCCCCCACCAACGGCACAGACAGCGUCAUGGCUAACCGAGCACAGAGCGGCGCCGCCAGCAGCUCCCAAACCGGAGACGCCUUAGGAAAAGCUCUCGCCUCAAUCUACUCUCCAGAUCACACCAACAACAGCUUCUCGUCCAAUCCCUCCACCCCGGUCGGCUCGCCGCCGUCACUCACAGCUGCCAGUUCAGCCGUCUGGUCGAGGAACGGAGGUCAGGGAGCGUCGUCGCCGAACUACGAGGCUCCGCUGCAUUCGCUGCAAAGCCGCAUCGAGGACCGGCUGGAGCGCCUGGACGACGCCAUCCACGUGCUGCGGAGCCACGCCGUGGGGCCGUCCACCGGCAUGGCGAGCGCGCACGGCGACAUGCACGGCCUCAUCGGGGCCACGCACAACGGCGCCAUGGGCGCGCUGGGCGGCGGCUACGGCACGGGGCUGCUGUCGACCAAUCGGCACUCGCUAAUGGUGGGCUCUCACAGAGAAGAUGGCGGCAGCGUGGGCAGUUUACGCGGCGCCACUCCAGGGGGUCAGGUGUCGGUUCCUCAGCUGCCGGUCCAGUCGGCGACCUCACCGGACCUCAGCCAGCCCGACCCGUACCGCGCCCUGUCCGGCGGCCUCCAGGGUCAGAGCACGUCCUCAGUGAGCUCAGAGAUCAAGUCUGAGGACGAGGGAGACGAGAACCUGCUGCAGGACACCAAGCCGCUGGACAAGAAGGACGACCUGGACAAGGAGCUCAAGGCCAUAGAGAGCAACAACGACGAGGAUCUGAGUCCGGAGCAGAAGAUGGAGCGGGAGCGAGAGCGCAGGAUGGCCAACAACGCCCGGGAGCGGCUGCGCGUCCGCGACAUCAACGAGGCGUUCAAGGAGCUGGGCAGGAUGGUGCAGCUCCACCUGAAGAGCGACAAGCCGCAGACCAAGCUGCUGAUCCUGCACCAGGCCGUCGCCGUCAUCCUGAGUCUGGAGCAGCAAGUCAGAGAGAGGAACCUGAACCCCAAGGCGGCUUGUCUGAAGCGCCGCGAAGAGGAGAAGGUCACCGUCACGUCCGAUGGGACGCCCCUCUCGCUGGCCGCCGCCCACCACGCCGCCGCCGCCGCCAUGGGCGAUGGACCAAACCCCAUGGGACAAAUGUCCAAGGUGCCAGAGUUCAUCAGGAUGAUGAGUGACCACUUCCUCUGACGGCGUUCUCCUCCAACCAAUCAGGCGCCGCCUCUCGCUCCAGCCCGACCAAGUAGUUCCUCCGGGUCAGAUCCGCCUUCGUCUCCUCUGUGAUCUGUCGUCUCCUCUUCGCUGCCAUUUCUUCUUCUUCUUCUUCUUCAGUCGAGAAAAUCGGACUUCAGAAUCGCAUUCGUUGCUUUCCGGACGUUUCGAAACGACAACGGACAAAUUUCUUUGGAUCCGCCCAGGAACUCUUGUGCUACGUGUUUUAUCAGCAUUCCCAGGACAAAAAGGCUCUAUAUAAAUAUAUAUAGUAAAUAUAUAUAUAUAUAUGUGUGUAAGAAAACAGAAAAAGUUUAAAAACUUGAGUCGGGCAGCGAGGAAGGUUGGGGUUCAGGAGGGAGCAAACAUAUCACAAAGUGUUUAAAGAGAUUCUUGUUUUUUAACGCAACAUUUGCGCAGCGGUUGAACGCAGCCUCGACACGGCACUCUAGCGCCGCACUGUGGAUGAAGCUGUGCCUCACCUCCUCUCGGAUAGACGCACACAGAGAGGAUUCUGACAAAAAACUCCCUCAAACUUCCCCAGGAAAGCUUAGGAAGAAGACAAACCG